CUCCCUGCUCCCUCUUAUUUCUCAUGCUUCCUCCAGAGUUAUUCUGCCCGAGUUCUUGCUAUCCCAGUCAACCGAUGUCAUUCAAAUUGACACAGUCUUUUCCAGGUGCAACGAGUUGUUUAGGGCUUAUUUCAUUCACAAAUACCCGGAUCGUGCCCAGCUGCUAAUCAGCCCGCACCGCCGUUCUAGCGACCCACGCAAAUGGUCAUGAUAACUCCCUCGCCUUUUGCCCUUUCCAUGACUCUGCCAUCUGCCGAGAAUGGGCUGUCUCCAGCAACGGGCCAAUACCUGUCAAUGAGCGAGGCUUUGGCUCCACCAUCCUGGUACAUUGGACACAACCCAGGAGUCGUCAGCCAUGGUCCAAUGACACCAACGCGAUGCUACACUGAUCCAAGGUUCAACUCUGUCGAUUCUUCCGCUCCUUAUGCCUCUAGCCCUCCGUUGCCUUCAAUUUAUUAUGAACUUGAUCUCAGAAAGUUUGACGACAUCAUCUGCAUUGUGUUUGGUCAUUUGGAGGCUUCUCGGUCAUCCCAGCAGCUUCAUGGGUCGAAACACAAGACAACUCUCGUCCAGGCACUCGCUCCAAGCCUCUGUUCAACCACCUUCACGCUGGGAUCAAGGGGCCUAAACUACCACGUUAAUCCCGACAAUUCUGUGUAUCGUUGGCACCCCAAUGAAAUCCCGAUUCCUUCUUGGACAAGUUCAAUGCCAGCAAUGUUGGCCCGAAAUUUCGCUAUGUAGCCAAUCCAUCUCACAGCGCCUUCUUCGUCAGGUUCGGCGGUGACUAUCCGCUCUACGCCAAUUCCUUCUUCCCUGGUUCACACCCCAAGGACUGGUACAUAGACGUCUUCAAGCCAGCCCUCACGCUCAGUGAAGACCAAGAACAAUUUAUCACAUCGAUUGUUCGCGAGGAUAUCUCCACUGCUAGGGAAGAAGCUCUGGAGCGCAAUCUCAUCAACAUUCUGACCCAUGAGAUGCUGCAUGUGGUGGGCGUCAGACACUGUGAGGCGCAGCGGUCCGAAACCGAAAAUUGUGUGCGAU